CUGAAUCCGCACCGUUGAGUUCCUGGGUUCGAACUGAGCUCGAGCCACCUGCGAUUAAACAGAGUUCUCAAGUGUAGCGAGCUGAUGGAGCAGAAAAAAAACCCGUCACAUUAAAUGAGUGUUUCCUUCACGUGAUAAAUCCAGCUCUUAGAAUGUAAAAGUUGGAUUUUUUGUCUUGAUUUGAAGCUUUCGCGACUGCAGGAAUCCAUACUCUUUGGUUCUUUCGGUAAAGUCACGUAGGUAGAAAUAAAUAAAUAAAUCUCGACGUUUCGAUCGCAACACAAGCGAUCCUCAUCAGAUGGAACACCCACAGGCGCCUUCAGAAAGGUGAGAGACUCGAUCAUGUGAGCCUUCUUGUCUCGUAGUCUGUUAAAAGCUCUAACAGAUGUGUGAAACCCUCCCCGUAGACGUGGUUCAAUCUUGUUUGAACCACCGUGGGAUUGAGCAAGCGAGGAAGUCGCGUGGAGAAUGUUUUGUUUUUAUUUUCUCGUGACCACGUGUCCCCUGGUUACACGAACACUCGAAUAAACAAGGGCAUUUUUGGACUCCUUUUUGAGUUCACAGCGCCGAGCUGUCACCGCAGAGAUCCUGGUUUUUGAACCCAGGUUCUCAAGUGCAGUCCGGACGAGACUGGUGACGGAGUGGCGGCCAAAGGAUGGGGAAUGCGUCCAAGACAAUGAUAGUCGCGAAGAUGAAGCUACGAUAUCAAUUGGUGUGCAGGCGUGAGACGGGGUGGUAUCAGCACCGGACCGUGAUAGAUGGUAAUUGCAUUGAGGAGGGAUUUCAACAAAAGAGUGGAUAGACAAUGGAUUACGACGAUCGUGAUAAUCGUGAUCUAUCUUUAUUUGAAGCUUUCGUGACUGCAGGAACCUCUUCCCACGGCAGCUGUCCCGCCGACUUCAGCAUUUUCCUGCUGUGGUUGUCCCACCUAUGAAGUUCGCUUGUGUUGCGACCGAAACUUCGUGAUUUGUUUUAUUUUUAUUUCUACCUACGUGACUUUACCGAAAGAACCAAAGAGAAUCGUGAUCAAGUGUGGCGAGUUGAUCUCAGGAGCCUGGUCACCAAUGACUGAAAGAAAAAGCCCGUUACAUUACCUUUGGUUCUGCGCUUUUUAGUGAAACCCAGACACACACAAAGGCCCCCGAUAGCCGUACAGACUCUUGCGAGCACAUAUUAAGGGCCGCAUGGCAUACGAGGGGAUGAUGUGUCCCGUCCCAUGCCCGGCCUCCUCCGUCAACCGCUAGUACUGAUGUUAUGUUUCACAACAGGUAGGCCUAUUCAUACGAGACUGAGUCGAUAUAUGGGUGGCCUGGGACUGGUUGAGAUAAUCACCACUGAUGUUGGUUGUGUCCGGGAAUCGGACUCAAGCCGCCGACUUCGGAGAGCAGUGCGAAACCCAGCACGCACAAAGACAAAGAUCCCCCGUAAAGCCCACACAGGCUGUUCGGGCAAGAGUCAUUCGUGCACCGAUUCCCGGACAUAGUUAACGUCAGUGGCAAUUAUCUCAACCGAUUAUGGGCCUCUUCGAGGUCACCUCGACGUGCAUGAGUCGCGUACCUGAUGCGUUAUGUAAACAUCGCCACUGGGGAUACUAAGUCGGCCGGGCGAAGUUCUGGCUAUAUCACACCCCCUCGUGCGUCGUCCCGGCCUUCAUAAAUGAGCAGGCAAUACGCCUCGUUCCAAUAUUUGGCCCUCCACAUAAAUACCAAAAAUCUAACUAUUUACACAGCCACACGCAUGGGUCAAGGUAGGUCCUUCGUAGGUUCAACACAGACAGCCACACGCAUGGGUCAAGGUAGGUCCUUCGUAGGUUCAACACAGACAGCCACACGCAUGGGUCAAGGUAGGUCCUUCGUAGGUUCAACACAGACAGCCACACGCAUGGGUCAAGGUAGGUCCUUCGUAGGUUCAACACAGACAGCCACACGCAUGGGUCAAGGUAGGUCCUUCGUAGGUUCAACACAGACAGCCACACGCAUGGGUCAAGGUAGGUCCUUCGUAGGUUCAACACAGACAGCCACACGCAUGGGUCAAGGUAGGUCCUUCGUAGGUUCAACACAGACAGCCACACGCAUGGGUCAAGGUAGGUCCUUCGUAGGUUUUAACACAGACAGCCACACGCAUGGGUCAAGGUAGGUCCUUCGUAGGUUCAACACAGACAGCCACACGCAAGCUCUCGCACACUGCCGUGCACGGAGCAGCGCGAAUGACGAAGCAAACAAGAGGAACAAACAGACACGGGCAAAUAUGUGACGGGGUUGAGUCCAUUGUGUUUAGUUUCGAGUCGCGCUUACGCCGACCAAUCUCCUCCCUCCCUCCCUAAAUCCUCCAUCCCUCUCUCUCCCCCCCCUCCUCUCGCCGCGUGGACGCGCACACGCGCCCGUGCGCGCUCCCUGCCCGAGUGGGCGAGAGGGAGCGGGCUGGGUGUCGUCCUGCGGGCGCAGUGCUCUCUGCUGACUGAUCGGCUGUCUACAAGGGGUGCUUUACUGCCCCGGGUCCCCACGGCCCCGCCGCGUCUCCUCGAUCCGGCGAUGCCGAGCCGCGGCCCCGACGACCCCGUGCCCCGGGGAGGCCCUGAGCCAGAGCGAAGCGGGUACGCGUACGCGUAUACGUGCGCGCAGCACCCGAGCGAGAUGCUGCGCGCUCUGCACUCCUUCUACCAGCACGGCCUCUUCUCGGACGUCACGCUCGAGUGCCACGGGCAGCACCAAUCUCCUUCUCCUCUUCCAUCGCCUCAUCAUCCACCUCCAUCAUCCCCAUCCUCGAUGACGGCCCCGCGCCGCUCGUUCCGCUGCCACCGCGCCGUGCUGUCCGCCUGCAGCGCCUACUUCCAGGCAAUGUUCACGGCCGACAUGCGGGAGCGACGCUUCUCGCUCGUCGUGCUGCCGUCCGUGGAGCCCGACGUGAUGGAGACGCUCCUGCGCUUCGCGUACACGUCGCGCGUCUCCAUCACGGAGCGCAACGUGCAGUCCCUCCUGGCGGCCGCGGACCUGCUGCAGUUUGGCGCCGUCAAGACGGCGUGCGAGCGCUUUCUCGUGCGCCGCCUCGACCCCUCCAACUGCCUGGGGUUGCUCGCCUUCGCCGAGACGCACGCGUGCCGCCGCCUGGAGCGCGAGUCGCGCCGCCUCUCCGCCUCCGCCUUCGAGGAGGUUUGCGCCAGCGACGAGUUCCCCGAGUUGGAGGCGCGCCGUCUGCGCGCGCUCCUCUCGCGCCGGGACCUGGAGGUGUCUAGCGAGGAGGCGCUGCUGGGCGCCCUGGCCGCGUGGGUGGCGCACGCCCCGAGGAGCCGCGCCGCGCUGCUGCCGGAGCUGUUGGAGAUCGGGGUGAACCUGCGGCUCCUCGACACCGGGGUGGAUGAGGCGCUGGUGACAGCGGCCGCGGGGGCUGCGUCCUCGACCGAGGCGCUGCGCUCGACGCUGCGCUCGGCGCUGCGCGCGGCCGUGCUGGGACCGUGCCCUCGCGUGGAGCGCGCCUGCUCCGCUGAGCUCUACGUGGUGGGCGGCUACCACUGGCGGCCCUUGGCCGAGGUGCACGCGUGGCGGCCCGGGCAGGACGCGUGGAGCGCAGGGGCCGCGCUCCCGGAGCGCGCGCUGGAGAGCUACGCCGUGGCAGCGCUGGGGGCGCGCGUGUUCGUGAGCGGAGGGUACCGCGGCGAGCGCGUGGAGGAGGCGCUCGCCUCGCUCUGGGUCUACAGCUGCGAGGGAGACCGCUGGACCCCCGGGACCCCCAUGGGGCUACCGCGCUACUGCCACUGCUCGGCCAGCGCGCUCGGAUGCGUGUUCGCCAUGGGGGGGUUUAGGGACGGGGCACCCGCCAGGGACGCAGAGCGGUACGACCCCCUGAAGCGCGAGUGGACGCCCAUUGCGAGCAUGGAGCACGGUGUGGGUAACGCGACUGCGUGCUCGUUCAGGGACUGCAUCUACGUGAUUGGGGGGCACUCAGGCUGCCACGGGGGGUCUUCACUGGGACACGUGCAGGCCCACCACGCGGAGCGGAACCAAUGGAGCUCCCUCACUCCCUGCCCUCAUCCCGAAUACGGCCUCUGCUCGGCGGUGCUGGGGGGCCUGAUCUACGUCCUGGGGGGCCACAGCGCACACGUGGACGUGUACGACCCCGAGCGCGGAGAGUGGCGCCCCGGGGGGGUAACCGUGGAGCGGCGACUCGAGGGGGGCUGCGCGGCGCUGGGCGGACGCCUGCUCGUCACGGGGGGCUACUCGGCCGAGCGGGGGGCCUACUUGCAGAGCGUGGAGGCGUACGACCCCCGCUCCGGCGUCUGGGCGCUGGCCGGGGCACUGCCGGGGCCCAUGCGCUCCCACGGGUGUGUGGUGAUUCACGGCGUGUGA